AGAGAGAGAGAGAGAGAGAGAGAGAGAGAGAAAGCUCUGUAUUCAUCAUCAUUCAGACUCCGCAGCUCCUCACGGUAAUGACGCGGUGAUUAACGGCGCUCACGUGCGCUCGUUCCGCCUGCUGCGGGAUGAAGGAGUGACAGGCGGAAGCUUCUCUGCGCGCGCGGCGCCACCACAAUGCAGCUCCCGGUCUCAGCGCUGUGUCUUGCGGUCGCUCUGGCGGCCACCGGCGCCGCAUUGGAAGCUUGAGUUCUCUGUGUCUGGGAAAAAACUGUUUUCUCAUUCCAUCCUUCCAUUUCACUUCUUCAGAGGAGUUGUUGUCUUUGGCCGAACUGGAGGACAUGCUGUUGAGGAAACUUUUUCAUGGUUAUCAGAAGUGGGUGAGACCUGUCUUACACGCCAAUGACUCCAUCACUGUCCGCUUCGGCCUCAAGAUCUCACAGCUGGUGGACGUGGAUGAAAAGAACCAGCUCAUGACUACUAACGUCUGGUUGUGGCAGGAGUGGACGGACUAUAAGCUGAGCUGGAACCCGGAGAAUUAUGGGGGAAUUACAUCUAUCCGAGUGCCAUCUGAGAACAUCUGGCUGCCAGACAUUGUCCUGUAUGAAAAUGCUGACGGACGUUUUGAGGGCUCCCUGAUGACCAAAGCGAUCGUCAAAUACAAUGGUACAGUGACGUGGACUCCUCCAGCCAGUUACAAGUCGGCCUGCACCAUGGACGUCACGUUCUUCCCUUUCGACCGGCAAAACUGUUCGAUGAAGUUCGGUUCAUGGACGUACGAUGGCACCAUGGUGGAUCUGACACUGAUCGACCCCUAUGUGGACCGCAAGGACUUUUUCGACAACGGUGAGUGGGAGAUCCUGGACGCCAGCGGGCAGCGAGGGAGCCGCCGCGACGGAAUCUACUCAUAUCCGUUCCUCACCUACUCCUUCAUCCUGAAGCGGCUACCUUUGUUCUACACGCUAUUCCUGAUCAUCCCUUGCCUUGGCCUCUCUUUCCUCACUGUGCUUGUAUUCUAUCUCCCAUCGGACGAAGGUGAGAAGCUCUCGCUGUCCACGUCCGUGCUGGUCUCGCUCACUGUCUUCCUCCUGGUCAUCGAGGAGAUCAUCCCGUCCUCGUCCAAGGUGAUCCCGCUCAUUGGCGAGUAUCUGCUUUUCAUCAUGAUCUUUGUCACCUUCUCCAUCAUCGUCACCGUCUUUGUCAUUAACGUGCACCACCGCUCAUCGGCCACCUACCACCCAAUGGCACCAUGGGUAAGAAGGCUCUUCCUGCAGAGUUUACCCAGAAUGCUGUGCAUGCGUGGCCACACCGAUCGCUACCUCUAUGCUGACACUGAGCCGCACCGGAGUCCAGAGCUGAAGCGUGGGAUGAAGAAGGGAAUGAAGAAGUGUGUGGGAGGAAAAGAGGACGAGUCCUGGGUGGCUAUGAUGGAAAAGGCCACCAGUUCCGUGCGCUACAUAUCCAGACACAUCAAGAAGGAGCAUUUUAUCAGAGAGGUGGUUCAAGAUUGGAAGUUUGUGGCUCAGGUGUUGGACCGGAUCUUCCUGUGGGUCUUUCUCACCGUGUCUGUAGUCGGCACCAUCCUCAUCUUCACUCCGGCACUGAACAUGUACCUCAGCAGCUCUCCCUAAAAUUACUCUCCAGCCAUAUUACCAAACACACACAGGGAAUUAAAGACAGCUUUUCUUAAACACACUUCACAAUAACGUUCACCAGUCAUAUAACAACCAUUCUGUCAAAUUGUUCAGAUCAGACCUCAGAUAUUUACCAAAAUAUACAUUUCAAUACACAACAAACGUGAUAUAAUGUAUAAAGUAUCGUUUCCAUGGCAACAGCUCGAUUAUGUGGGCAGGCUUAAAAUCCACGGAUUAAAAUUAAAAGCGAGAGACAUUUGUAACUUAUAUGCUUACUUAUCUUGGUAAAAUGAUCAAUGCUCAGCCUCUGGUACCGCCCACUUCACAUCACAUCGAUCAUGACUGGUUGUUGAUUAUUUUCCUGUAAAAGCACAGGGAGUGAAAGUAGACGUGCUUCAUUCCUCUUACAGCAAAGCAGUUUGACAUUGACAGUUAAACCCUUUACAACCCCUUACCAAAAUCUGUAGUAAUCCUUUAUGCAAAAAUAUAAAAAAAAAUAAUAAAAAGCCAUAAUCGAUUCUUUCAGGAACACUUUUUUCAAAAUAACAGAUACUACAGUGCAUAGAUGAUAGCAUGAAGACACAGAAAAUGUGUGUAUGUGUUGAAUUUGAUGAAGAAAUAAUACAUCUGAUUAUCUACACCACCCCAUAUUUAUUCAUUUCCAUGUCUAAUGUGUUUCCCUGUAUAGUGUUUAUUUUUAAUACAACAUAUGAUACAAACCUGCAGCAAAUGUAUUUUAAUCAUUUAUUUGGCUCGUUACCUGUCUGUCUGUACACUCUGUGACGGUCAGAUCUAUGCUGUCGAUGUCUGCAUUAACGCGUGACUGUGUGUUGUAACCGAAUGAUUUCUGACUAACCGAAGUCCUGACUUUUUUAAGUUGAAUGACAUGAAUUAAAAAACACGGGCAGCUCAAAGAGAUCAAAUAAAUAAAUGACAACUUUUA